CUCCGCCCAACUACGAAAUCCCCGCCCACCUCGCGCCCUUCCCUCCCGAGUCCCGUCACGCCUUGCCCCCUUCUUCUUUCGUUUCUCCGCGCCCUCCGAAGCCAGCGAGAGGAGGAGAGGGAGAGAGAGCGGCGCGGGGAGAAGAUGAUUUUGGGGAAGCGGCCGCGGUCGCCGUCGCGGCCACGGCCACCGAUGCGGCGGACGACGAGUGUGACGGAGUUCUCUGCGGUGGACCUCGCGGCUGCGGCGGAGGCGUCGGACGAGGACGGGGCGCACCGCGCCCACGAGCGGCGGAGGGAGGCGGAGCCGAGGAGCGUCCAGAGGCGAAGCUUCACGGACUUCGAGUUGGCCGGGACGGCCCAGUUCCUCAGGGCCUGUGACCUCUGCAAACGCCACCUAGACCCUGGCCUCGAUACUUUCAUCUAUAGGGUUGAAAUUGGAUUCUGUAGCCUGGAGUGUAGGCAGCACCAAAUGAACAUAGAUGAUCAGAAAGAGAAGUGCUCAUUGACAUCUCCAAAGACUCAUGCUCCCCAAGCAACUGGAGGAUCUGAAAUGUCCAGCAACGGUGGAACAGUUGCUGCUGCUUAAAACUAGCACCAUUCCACUAUGGAAUCUUUGCACCAUAGUUCCCUUUUUUUUCCUUUUUUGUUGUUGUUGUUGUUUGGGAGACAAAUGCACAAACUGAUGCCACUGCUUCCCCACACAAUAUAUCUUUUGUUAAUGUCAAUGGAAGUUUUUUUUUUGUAAAAAAAUGGAGGUU